UUCUCGUAGUGUCGAAGCUUUCUCUCCAUCUCUCUAUAUAUACCAACUGCCUUAUCUCUCUCCCUCUUCCUCACGAACCCUUUCCUAGCCCUUACUUAUCAAACCGGACCUGCAUUGAACCUUUGCAGAACCGCAUUAUACUUUUCUGAUUUUCAUCUUCAGCCGCUUAAACUAUACAUCUAUAUACCUGAUUGCAUUGCGUAUUGUUGCGCCACUAAAGCAAGCCUCGUCUUACACCCACCGCGUCAGCCACUUACUAUCAGCAGCUCUCACGCCCGAGAUCUGGUUUGCUAGAAACCGCAGCACAAACCGCACACCUGAUUACAGUGCAGCUAUCCCUCCUACUCCUCCUUUUGUUCUCUGUCGGUCGGCCUAUCAUGCUCUCCGUCCCAGGUCGACGGGCGGUUCGCCUGCCCGGCCACCGGACUGCUUCCCUCUCCUCCACCACCUCCUCCAUCUCCCUGCUCAGAACCUCAUCGUUGGCAUCACCGACAUCAUCCUCGUGUCUCUUCGCCAUGGCAAACAUGACAAGAAAGCACCACUCACGGCGCAGCAUCCACUCGUCUGAGCGACGCACCUCCACCGUCGCAGAUAUCCCAGGAACUUUGCCUCCUCUGCCACCCCAGGACGUGGCCUCCAACCGCGCGCCGCUGUCAGUCCUGCCGCUCAGCAUGAUCCUCCGCUCGCUGGCAACAACCGUGGUCUCCUCGUCUCCCAUCCUGCUGCCUCCCUCGCUGCGCAUCAUGGUGGCGCUCGCCCACGCCAAGAACCCCAUCCUGAAUCCUGACAAGAAUCCCCUUCUGAGAUUCUUCCUGAAAAAGUCAUUCUACGCCCAGUUCUGCGCCGGCGAGAAUGCGGCCGAGGUGCGGGCUACCAUCAGUCGGCUAAAGGACAUCGGCUUCACGGGCGUCAUUCUGGGCUACGCCAAGGAGGUCGUCCUGGAAAGCAGCGAUGCCAAAGACAUGGCCAAGGCCAACUUGGGCGAGGAAACGGCCCGGGACAUCGAAAAGGAGAUUAACCCCUGGAGAGAUGGAACUCUGGAGACGGUUCGUCUGGCUGAGCCGGGUGACUUUGUUGCUCUCAAAUUUACUGGCGCUGGUAGUCUUGCUCUCCACCAACUCAAGAACCGACUCCCGCCCUCUCAGCAUCUGGGCGAAUCCAUUGACGCCAUCUGCGAGCUCGCUCGUGACCGUGGCGUGCGCCUCCUUUUCGACGCUGAGCAGGACAUGCUGCAGGAUGGUAUCGACGAUUGGACCAUGAAAUUCGCCCGCAAGUACAACGAUUCCCCAGAAACUGCCACCAUCUACGGCACCUAUCAGGCAUACAAGAAGAACUGCCCCGCUGUGGUAUCACGACAUCUGGCCGACGCGCAAAGGGAGGGUUUCACUCUCGGCGUGAAGCUGGUGCGUGGUGCAUACCUGGGCUCUGAUCCCCGGCAGUGCUUUCAUGACACCAAGGAGGAUACGGAUGCCUGCUACAACAGUAUUGCGGCGAGCAUCCUGGCCAGGCAAUGGUCCGUCACCGUCCAGGGAGAAGGCGAAUUCCCCAAUGCGCACAUCGUGCUGGCCACCCACAACGUCGAGUCCGUGCGACGAGCCAGAGCAAUCUGCGAUGCCGGCGGCGCCAAGUCCGACAUUGCCUUUGCCCAGCUUCAGGGCAUGGCUGACGAGGUGAGCUGCGAGCUUGUCGAGGCGAGCCAAUCGGCCCAGAAGGAAAACGCCAACGCUCGACCGCUGCCCGUUUACAAGUAUCUUGUCUGGGGCACCACCGGCGAGUGCAUGAAGUAUCUUUUACGUCGCGCUCAGGAGAACAAGGACGCUGUCCAGCGCACCAGAAACGGAAGAGACGCUAUGUGGGGAGAGCUGGUCAGGCGAUGCAAGAGCGUCGUUGGCAUGGCAUGAAUAGAGAAAUAGAGCAUGUGGAUGUGUAAAGACGGGAUGUUUUUUGGAAAGGAGUUUGGCAACUUGGGCCUUUUUUUUUUUGUCUUUUUUUUAUACCAGCGAUAUUGCACAGUUUGGAGUUUGGUGGCUUUUAGUAACACUAAACGAGAAAUCGGUGGUAGAAUGAUUAUUAGAGUGUCUAGUAAAGUAUGAUGAGUAUAGUUUAUGCGAGAUUAUAGGGAGUUUGCAGAGGAUUAAUAAACUUACUGG